UUCUCCAAGAGCCUAGUAAUUGGAAAUUCUUGCUAGGAAUUUUGACGAAAUGUUUUCUCAGUAGGAUACAUUCAUUUGUGAUGUUUUCCAUUUCAGGUUCCUCUGCGGUUCCACCCAAACAAGAGUGAAUCCAUACGUUGUGCCCUGCGACGGAUCCCUUGAGCUCCACGCCCUUGGCAGCCACCAUGUCCAAGGAUGAACUGGGCUGCAAGCUGGCACCGGUUUACAAGCACAAGGAGCGCAAGCCCAAGAAACCGCACUACAUCCCCAGGCCGUGGGGGAAGCCCUACAACUACAAGUGUUUCCAGUGCCCGUUCACCUGCAUGGAGAAGUCCCACCUUUAUAACCACAUGAAGUACAGCUUGUGUAAGAAUUCCCUGUCUUUGCUCAUCGAAUCCGACUGGCCCUACAAGAAAGGGAAUCUUCUUCACCCAGAGCUUCGUCUCUUGCAUGCCACCGAGGCAUCCCGGGCCCGAGGGAGGCAGGAGGAAGCCGAGGCUUGCGAUCCCGCUGGCACCACCAGCGCCAAGCUCUCCUCGGAUGGAGACGGCGGAGGAGAGAAGCCUAUUGGAGCAGAAGACAUGUCUUUGGAAAGAAUGAGCGAUGAAGCCAACCAGUUCCAAGAAGAGGACGAGGACGACGACGAGGAGGAGAUGUCCAGGCUGUUGCAGGAGGAGAAGAAGGAGAAGGCCAAAGAGGCCAGUGCCACUGGAGAGCCCACCGAACCCGACAUGAACUCCUUGCUUUUCCAGUUUAAAAACAAACGGGAAAAGGCCUGUAAGGACCCUGCGCCAGACUUCAUCAUCACCGACGUUUUCUCCUUGAAGAAACACGCGGCGAAGGGGAAGGAGGAUCUGGAAGCCAAACCAAAGCCUUGCAAAGUGCCCAAAAAGUGCCCAGGAAGCAGCGGCGUCCUUAUGGAACAAUGGAAGCUCGUUGCCAACGGGCAACGGAGAGCGGCCCCCGGCGAGGUCUCGGCACCCUGCCCCGACGGCAACAUCAUCCCGUGUUACCCGCCGCCGGCCUACGGGGAGUUCCACGAACCCCAGAGCCUCAAUCUCUCCUUGCUGGGGAUCAACUAUCCAUUGAACCCCAACCUCUUCUCGUAUCUCGGCCCGUCUGUGGCGAGCGGUGCCGCGCCACAUUCCCACCUGGCGCAGCUUCCUUUCCUGGCCUCCACGGCGCAGCUCAUGCACCCCCAUUCGGCCCAUUUCCAGCCCCUCCAGAACCCGGAAAGGUCCGCUUUCCUUCCACGCUUCUACUACCCGUUGCUGUUUGAGCACUCCUUCGCCUCGGCGGAGAAUAAGGUGGCCAAUGUUAAGCCGGAGCCACAGCAGUCCUCUGCGGCAGCCGUGCCCACACCUUCCCAACCCAAACCUGUGGAGCAACCCAAGGCAGGCCUCCUGAAAGUGCCGGUGCUGAAGACCACCCUCCCCUGGAUGAAAGGCUUCCGGGAAGAGCCCCCUCCCGAGCACGUCCACAAGGCCUUGCUGCUCCAGGAUGAAGAAGACAAGUGGCUGCUCCACGAGAAGGAGAGCCACGCUUUGCUGGGCGUCAACAGCCUGUGCAGGAAGUCCACCGUCGCGGAUGGGUACCAGAACAUCGUUGGCGUCAAAGACGGAGCCGCCCUUCUCCCCAACGGUAUCAGGAAAGCAGACCUCCCUCCUGCGUCCUCUUGCUUGGAUGGUGGUGGGGUUGCCGUCAAUAACCUGAAGAGGAAAUUCGAAUUUGUAGGCUCGAAUAUGCUGGUGCCGGGAAAAGUGACUUACCAAGCCAGUGGUUUGAGAGCGGCUCCCACUCAACCUUCGAAGCCUCUGGACCAUUGGCACGUGGAGCUCCAUGCCUGUCCACCUGAAGACCAGGAGAAGACGUGUGGCGCUGACAUUGUCUCCCCUGUAAUUACAUCUCACGAUCACCUCUUUUUCAAGCCAAGCAAAGAGCCAGCGAUAGCAGCCAGCCCCAAAGACCCAGAGGUGACAACCGUACUCAUUGGGGACUUGUCCAAAACAUUAGAAGAGUAUCAGGAGGUGGAGAAGAAGCUCUCGGACCUGGCCAAAGAGGACACUCCGGCCCAGAAGCAGCUAAGGGACCAGCUGGUCAAAAUCCGGCACGAACUUUUCCACAUCCAUCAGGCCUUGGAGAAAGCAACCAAGCCCAACGAAGGUCCUCUCGAUCUCUCCGUGAAAAGACCCUCCCAAGAGGUAGAGAGAGAUGGAAAAGAGCCCAAGGCUGGUUCUAGGUAUGGCAAAGAUCCAGGCUCCAUCGGGCACUGCUUCUCUGUAGGCGAGGCCUUCCAAGAAGAUGAGGAAUUGGAGAACGAGAGCAAGACCAUCGACCUGCUGAUCAAGAUGAGCCGCUCGGAGCAUCUCCGGGCCUCGUCGGUCGAAGCCGGCUUCGGGGCGGUGGUCAAGGCCGAGGUGCUGCCUCUCGGCGUCCCUCUCGAACUCCGGCACGCGAUGGAGCCCUACUACAGCCGCACCACCAAGUGCGAGGCCGAUUCGAGUGUCCUACUCUGCACCGACGGGAGGUCCAACGCCAGUGGCAACCCGGGCCCCCCGCUCUCGGUGGCCGAAGACGUCCCGCUCGGGUGCCGAGCCGUCCCACGCUCCUUGUCCUGCGGCCUGCCGAGCGAGACCGACCGGAGGUGCAUCCACAGCCCCUUGAACACAGAUCCAUGA